AAGAAUCGGAAAAUCGUUUUCCUUCGAUUCGACAGUCAGCCAUCACAUCAGCUAAGCUAGAGAAGUGGUGUUCUAUAAGCGUCGUUAAGUAGGCACAGCAGCAGCAGCAACAACACCUUUAUUGGAAUUAAAAGUUGUGUAGAGGAAAAAGUGGAAGUGUCGGAAGGAAUUUAUUUUCAUUGCUUAGCCAGAAGCGCUUUCCAAGUUUUGUCCUUUCUGCGUUGAGUGUUGACUGUGAAUCACAAGUGUAAGUGAGUGAGAUUUGGCGAGGAAAAUAGUUGCCGUCAAGCGCUGAAAAAAUAAGCGUAAAAAAGUUUCUGCGGUGGAAAGAAGCAGCAUUAGCGGAGAAAAGUGCUCUGGUGUGAAAUAUAUUUUUCUCUGCUGCCGAAAUUCGAGCUGAGUUGCCAACGAGCGUGAAAGGUCUGCAGAGCGAAGGAAAAACGAAAUAAGGAAACAAGUCAACCGGGUAGGAAUACAAAAAAAAAACGGAACAGUUUGCCCAUCAGUACUAGCGGAAAAGUUCCUCGAAAUGGUUAUCAAAGUGUAUAUCAGUGGAAUGUCGGGAAGCAAAGAGGUGAAAAAGCGCCAGCAGCGGGUAACCAUGAUCCUCGACAGUAAACACAUUACGUACAACGUGAUCGACAUCACCGAACCCGGACAAGAGGCCGAGAAGGACUUUAUGCAGAAAAAUUCGGAACACAGUGGAGCGACGAUCAGUGAUCAAACUCCGAGGCAUCCCUUACCCCCGCAGCUGUUCAACGAAACCGAAUACUGCGGUGACUAUGACGAUUUCGAUUUGGCCAACGAGGUGGACAAUUUGGAAGUGUUCCUGAAGCUGGAAGCACCUAAACCGGCCGUCAACAGUACCAGCGAGGAGGUGAGCGUAGACCAACAGCAGACCAAUGGCACCGGCGACGCGCAGGACCAGAGCCAGGUGACGGCGACGGAGGCCGCGGCGGACGACGACGAGGACAAAGAAAAUAAGACUGAAGGGGGAGCGAAUGAGGCUUUGGUCGAGCAUAUGAAAACGAACGGUGAACUGCAACGGACCGAUAAUGAAGCUACCAAUGAUGAGGAUGUAAAAACUAUUGGAACACGGGACGACAAGGAUGAAUGCUCUAAAUUAGAAGAAUGCGAAGGUUCGAAGGAAAUUGAAAAAACUAGUAAAGAAUCGCCUGAAGACACUAGUGGGUGCAUCAAAUCUGAGAAAAGCGAACAAACUGAUAAAAACGCGGUGGAUGUUGUGUCAGAAGAUGCAGAAAGUGAAAUGUCAAGCAAAACAAAGAACGAAUCAUCUGAACACACGAAUGAAGAAAUUGACACCAAUGAGGAAGUUUCAGCUAAUAACCGAGAGGAAGUGCAUGAAGUAAUCCAUCCCCACGAAACAUCUCCGUCUAUUGAAGUAAGUGCAGAAACACAAAAGAGCGUUCCAAUAGAUGAACAAGAUGAGAAUGACACCGAACAAAAACCAAUUGAACGAAUCGACACAGAUGAAGAGAAAAAUGUUGCUGAAACGGAAGUAACGAAUGAUACCGAAGCUGACACAGUCGUCGAUGUCAAAGAGGUAGAUGACACGAAAAAUCACUCAACGGAAGAUCUGCAAAGCGCUAAGGAUCCCCCAGGGACUGUGCUCGGCGAACAGGAUCACACAGAAAGCGAUGGAAAUGAGCACGAUAUAGAAAGUGAGAAAUCAUACAGCGAAGAAAUUGAUUCAGUGAAGGAAGUGACCACCCCGGAAGACAGUAGGCAAACCGACGAACCACAAGUAGAUAGAUUACCAUACGAUACAAAUGGCACUAAGACAAAUUUUAGCGAAAAACCAACCACGGAAGUAGAUGAAGAUGUCGAACAAGAAGAAUUGUUGAAAGUGGUAGCCGCAAUGGGUAAACGGGAGGACGAAGAGGACAGACAACCAGAAACCGAAGACGUGGAACUUGGAGAAGAGGAAGAGAUAUCCGACAAACUCGCAGACACCGAUGAACCCAUGCUAGCGACUGAAGAGUCAGAGGAAUAAUCUGUCAAUCCAUCCUUAUUCAUCCUGUUUUUUUUUAAAUCCAUCAUCAUCUCGUCUAAUUGACAUCGAAGAGCUUCCGGAUCCUACAAAUGAACAUCAAGUGUAAAAUUCGUCACCUUGGGAUUAAAAACAGAGCUACCAUAAAACCAAAUAACGAUCUGUGCUUAAGGCAUCAUUCGUUCAUCAAAAAGGAACCCAUGUUCAUGAAGAUAAGUUUGAGCUGAACUCAUGCUACGCUCCGAAACUAAUAUAAGACUAAACCCAAGUAAGCAAAAUAAAACUAGAUUCAAAUAACCAAAUUGUUUGGCUAGAGAGAGAACUACUAAACUGGUUUUGAAGGGCUGACAUUUACUUUCUUAGAACCACUUGAGAGCCUCGAAUGUGCUUUUAAUUUUAAUUUUCCGAGGAAAAGCUCUAGAUCUGCACAGGCAGGAUUCGAUGGUUGAAGACAAGUGAACAUAAAGAUCGCAAUUUAAUAAUAUACUUAGAAGAGUUACUUAUUAACACCAGCUUCAGAAGAGUAGCAAGCCAAGUUGCUAUAUUCUUUUGAAACGAUAUUCAUCAAGUUCCACGAACGAAUAAAUGCUGUAAACAAAUGAAGAGAAGUUUUGUUCAUUCGGCGAGCAGAAUUUGCUUAGAGUAAUAAAUAACAUGUUAACUA